AUGUCAGCGCUGCCUGCGACUCCUCAGCGCAUAACGUCCCACACUCACUCACACUCUGUCUCUGUCUCCCUUCCUCAUGGCCUUUCCCCUGUUUCUCCGUAUACACCGCUUUCAUUGCGGUCCUUUGCCUCAACGUCAUCAGGUUCUUUGAACCCGUCGCCAUCGUCGACAUUAGCCACGCCUGCUAGUAUACGAAACUUGCAUAACCAUUCCGGGUUCAGUUCUCCUCCAAUCACUCGAGUAAAAAAGAUCUCCUGGGCUUCACCGUCCCCAGCUGGUCAUUCACCUUCGGAUAGUCUACCCAGUAUUGCGGAUUUGGCUCGUAAUUGGAGGUCUAGAGCCAACGAGAACGGCAUCAAGGUCGCGAAUAAUCCUAAACAAAGCAUAGUUGAUGAUUUUUCCCUUUUGGAUGAUGAAGAUGCCAGUUUUGCGAGCGAACAAGUCUGCGACGAAGAUGAAGCGUUGCUACCGGCUCCGUUCAUGUCGACUCAGCGACGCCGUGCGCUCUCCCAUGCGGGUUUGGUUCCACAGUAUUCUACUUCCUCAGACGCGCCUUAUAGUGCACCAAGAGCCAGGAAUCGACCUCCGCUUGCUCCGCUGUCUCCUGUCACGCGGCGGAUGGCACCGUCAUCACCUCUUCAGGCACGUAGAUCCAGUUUAGUCAAUCAUCAAAAUGUGAUGGCCACUCCUCCGCCCAACCGACAGUUGGCGGAACGUCUUCGUCUGAAAGGCAGUCUCACAGAUCCUGCGCAACUUAGGAGGCGAGAAGUUUAUGACGCGGUUCUUCCCCCGAGUGACGUUUCUUUCGACCGCGAUCUGUUUGACAUUCAUGAGGACGAACACGAUGAAGAUUACGAGCUUGCAUACAACUCGUAUCGCCACGACCUGUACGACUAUCAUUAUCAACCGGAACCUUCUGUCAGUAUGCGCGAGACGCACUCCGAUAUCGAAGAGGAACAAUAUGAGGUUGAAUAUCCAACUCUUCCUCCUCAACUGAAGCAGAAUCCAAACCAGUAUUAUUACCAUUUUCAGGAACAGCAACUUCUUCCUCCGUCAUAUAACAAUCAUCAGACGAUCUACCCCCCUGGACUGGUCCAUCCUGCUGCAUCUCGUGGCCCAGCAUAUACUCCCUCGAUGGGCCAGGUUCUAAACGUUCCCAUGUACCAUGACCCCCAACUCUCUCCACAGUAUCCGAUUCAUCAAAUCACGCAACUGGCGCCUGCACAUAUUCCUAUGCCACUUUCUCGUACUCAAGCUCUAACUAGUCUGGAGGCCUCCCUUCCCGCAUCCUCUAAUGCAUCUUCUAAAGUCUCUACUCCUGUGCCUGUUCGUGCGCAGAUAUCAAACGCGAUGGCAAACCCUAAAUGUUGUUCCAUUUGUGCUCGUAGACCUCCUUCCUUGACGCGCCUUGCUAUUCUCACCCCCUGCGCACAUGCUUUGUGCCCCGCAUGCUUGACUAGUGCGCUCAACAUCGUGGGUGAAAAGGACAUGGAGUGCGCUGGAUGCCGUGCCAAGGUUGCCGAUUUUAAGCUUGUAUCCAUUACAGCAGAUGAAGGAGUCGCUGAGAAAGUAGAAGAUAACUCUAGUUCUCCAUCUAAGGCGCAGGAGCCGAAGCAACUCACCCAUGAUAAUCUCCUCUAUAAUUGCGAGUUGAACGAGAAUCAAACAUUCGAUAUUAGUGACCUAGAUGAAACCGACUUCUUCAGCGACGAGAAUCUGCGAGCAAGCACACCUCCACCGAAAGUAAAGGGCAUGGGUCGUGUAUUCGAAUCAGGCACUGUUUCUGGUGUUGAACAAGCUGCCACAAAGUAUCAUGAUCCCGUUGUGUUAAGAAUUGACAACGUUCCUUGGGAUAUUACUCCACCGCGAAUCUCUGCUUGGCUUGAUCAACCCAUUGUUCGUGUACAUGUUCUUUUAGAUAAAAAGGGCAAGACCAUGAGCCAUGCGUUUGUCGAGGUAGAAGACGAAAUCAUAGCAGGCAAAAUCCUCAGAGGAGAAGUUCAAGCAAACGGUCUUCGCCGAGGUAGUGUGCUUGGCAAAGGGAAAAGAGCUCGGGGUGUCACUGUGACGAGGAGUUCUCAAGGUGAACUCAUGAGCGCCCUAUUCCCUUCCUGGCUCGGUUCCUUCGAUGGUUCCAGGCCUUCUCUCGCUGGUAUUGACAACGACCGGGUUGUGGCAGCCUUGGAGAGUGGAUUGAUGACUGAGAGCGAAGUUGCUUGUUUGCUAUAUCUCAUUCGUUCUCCGGAUGCCCACUUCCUUAAAGUCCCUUCGUUGCCUUUCCACUCCCUUGUCAGCCUAUUGGCCAAGUUCCCUGCUGAUAUUGACUCGAGGGUAUUCUGGAGCAGCUCCCUUCGCGAUGUCUUGUUCGAUGUUGUCGUUGCUGCCAUUCAAGUGCUCAUUGCACGUAUCGAUCAGAGAAAGAAUGAAAAUGACGAUGGAGCGUAUCCCUUUGAUCUUGUCGACACUCUGAUUAAAGUAGCCUCUGCUUGUCAAGUCUUCACUGCACAACAGAAAUCUCAACUAGCCAAAUUUUCCAAUAAGGAAGAACCUGCUCGUCCGUUGUCUGCCUGCGGUUCUGACUCCGACGCGCAUUCUAGUGUUCGAGCGCCUGACCAUGCCGACCCUACCGAUGCAGAUGUCGAAGACGAAGACGGUGAAAAUGAUCCACAAGGUGAUGCUUCCCUAAGUGAAGAAUCGCAUCCGUCUUCAGAUGAGGUUCGCACUCCCAGUAGCACCACUGCUGCGAACAGUUCAUCGUCAUCAUCCCCAGAGAUUGAUAGCAUUGCUUCCGCUCAGGACCAUAUGCGCGAUGAUAUCGCGAGAGAAUUUGGAGUUGAAGCUCAGCUGGUUGAAGCUUUAAUCCAACGCCUAUCAAUGACUCAGCGUUAA